AUGGGCCUGCAAGCCCCGCCCCGGAACGGACACGUGCCAGGCCGCGCAUGCGCUUCACACACCACCACCGCGCAACGACAGCCAGCCUGGCCGGGGGCACCCGGGAGUGCCGCCUCCGCCUCCACCGCGGCCCCCCCCCCCCCGCCCGCAGCCCCCUCCUCACCCCGCAGCCGCCAGAGGGGCGCACGCGGGAGGCGGCAACCUCCAGCUUGCCCAGCAGCAGCAGCAGGCGCCGGCGGGGGGGGGAGAGCUUGCCCUGCAGAGACCCCCCCUCCCUCCCCCCCUCCCUCCCUCCCAGGCGGCUCGGCUGGGCUGGGCUGGGCUGGGCUGGGCGCCGGCCACGGGGCGUGGGGGGGGGGGGUUGCUCCGCCUGCCCUGGCACCUGCCGCGCGGGCAGAGCCCCCAAGCGGCGGGGGAGGGGCGAGGGGGCCACGGAGACCCCCCCCCGGCCCGCGGCGGCGGCGGCGGCUCCCCGAUGCUGGGGGGGGCACAGCUGAGCUGAGGGGCGCCGACUGCUCGCCCGCCGGGAGAAACGCCGCCGCCGCCGCCGGGAGGAGCGAGGAGCCCGCCCCGCCGCCCGCGCCCACCUGCUGCUGCUGCUGCUGCUCCGCGGGACGGGCGGCGGCCGCCACCCCCAGCAGGAGCCGCAGCUGCCCGGCCGGGGCGGAGGAGACUCCCCCGCUUCUUCGGGGGCGGGGGGAGGAGGAGGAGGGGGGGGGGCUCCCACCUGCGCCCGAGGCCGGCCGAGCGUCGCGGCGGGCGGCGGCUGAAUCCUCCCCAGCUGGAGCGAGCCUGACUCACCUUUCCCAGGCAGGAGCAGGAGAAGCAGCAGGAGGAGGAAGCCGCUGGGCUGCAGCGGGGCGGGGCGGCACUGACCCUCGCCAGCCCGCACCCCGCCCCCGCCGCGGUGCGCGUGCGAGCGGGGCGGCGCUCCCCCUCCCGCCGCCAUCUCUCCCGACAGCCCCGCGAGGUGGGCCGGUGCUCACCCAGCAAGGCUCCCCUCCGCAUGAUGCAGCCAAGGCGGACCCUGCUGGGGGUCCUGACAGCCCAGCUCUCCUCCGGGACCACCCCCAGGUGCACCCGAAUUACUUCUGCCCGGCGUAUUCUGAACAAGGUGUUCCGAAAGUGUUACCAUGCUGGAAACUGCUGGGAUUUCCGGGGUGGCAGCAGCCAGAGAAAGGGUCACAGCUAGUGCGGAGGCUGCCAGAAUCUACCACCAACCAACCCCUCACGGAGUGGCUGUUGGCUUCUGCGAGGGGCCGGAGUCUUGCCAAACUCUACCACUCGGCCCACAAGGAUCGGCUGGACAGCUCUGAUAAGACCAAGCAGAUACUGACUUGGGUGGGGGGAGCACUGUGCCACCUCAAGUGCUGCAGCCGGAAAUGACUUGCCUAGCCAGCAUGAGGUUGCCGGUCCGAAUCCCCCCCGCUGGUGUGUUUCCCAGACUAUGGGAGACCCCUCGAUCGGGCAGCAGCAGCCAUAGAGGCUGAAGACGCUGAAAGGCCUCCUCAUCUCACGAAACUGUGCGGGAGGCGGCCAUGGCCAGCCCCUCCUGUAUUCCACCAAAGACAAGCACAGGAUGGCUCUGGGGGCGCCAGGAGUCGAAACUGACGCCUUGUAUGGAUGUUUCAGGCAGAAAUCCAUCAGGUGCAACACCAGCACCACCACCUUUUAUUUGUUUGCCACCCCAGAACAAAUUGUGGUCUGGGCAGUUCAGAACGCAACAUUAAAACAUUCAAGAAACCCGUAAAACCCGUCAAGUCACAUCACACCAGAGACAUAAAUGUAAAAAUCCGCCUUAAGAGCAAGGUCUC